AUUCUCGCGAGAUGUGUGGCACGUCUAGCUGUUUGGGCGGGUGGUUUGAAUUCAGAGAGCGGCUGGUGCUGCUGCAGGAAGUAAGAGAGGAUUUUGUCUCUCGGGUGAGACCUGGAGAUGGAAGACGGAGAGAAGUCGACAGAGCUCAGCGACGGAAAAUAUAGUACGGCUUCUCCAGAUAUAAACGACUUAUGCUCUUGCAUAAACACAAAGAUUUCAUAUAUCAAAAAGUCACUUCAGUUGAGAAAGAUAGACCAGGAACCAUCAUUGAAAACAGUGCUUGGUAAGAUAGCCCAUGAGAUGUUUCUUUUAACCAACAUCCUCAAUAAGCUGGAGCUGGAAUUCCACCAUCAGGAGAGGCAGCAGAGUCAACUCAAGGAGCUCCAGGAAUCAAUUGAAAGGGACUAUCAAGAAGCUCAGCAUCUUGGAGAAAACAUGCCUAUUCACCUGCCCAGAGCAAUCCCAAACAGCACCGUGAGCUUAACUGUGGAGCAAUGCAAAGAUGUUGAGGCUGCCCGUGGAAAGAAGCCAGCAAAAGACCCCAAGAGCAUUAAAGAAGCAUCUUUCAUAACAGCAGAGGAGUUUGAAAAUGUUCCUGCGUACAUGAGAGGCCGUCUAAGUUACAACCAAGUCAACGCAGUCAUUCAGGAAAUUAAUAAGGCCGUAGUUAGCAAAUACAAGAUCAUGCGCCAGUCUAGUAAAGCCAUGUCCAGCGCUAUCAGGAACCUCUACUUCAGAUUCCAGGAAGAAGAAACCAAGGAUACGAAGGGCGAAUUCUUCAUCGUCGAGGCCGACAUAGAAGAAUUCACCCAGCUGAAGGCAGACAAGCGUUUCCACAGCAUCCUGACCAUCUUGCGGCACUGCAAGAGAGUGCGAGAGAUCCGUGGCUCAUGCCUGGUUCGCUACGCCGUCUGCUGAGAUGCUGUCGGAGUGUCUGAGGCUCGGGGUUGGCGGGGGGCGGGGUCCCCAAGGACCGUGCCAGAAAACAGAAUCCUCACUUUUUGAGUUUACACAGCAAGUGUGUUUGUUUGCGUCUCUUCCUUCCUCUCCUUAUUAAUGUCACAGAAGGUGGGUUGUGUUUGUAUUUGUAAUCUUAACUUUCGUUUUCUGCAAGGUAUGAAGCCAUCUGUUCCGCACGUGUUUGUUGUUUAAUCCUCUGCUUUCAGUUUCUACCUAUUAAGCUUGAGUAACAUUUUGUAGUAAAGCAGAAGCUUGAUGGGUUGAAUGGACUGAACCUUGAAUUACCCUUAAACUUUCUGAAGCUUCAAGUUUAGAAUUAUUGAAAUGCCAAUAAAAGGGUUUAAGCACUGGGCAA